AUGCUUCGUCUUCCCGUGCCAGUAUGUGGCCUCGAUGACCGACCAUCCGUCUUAGACAAGGGCAACGACGAGGGCAAUUUGCCACUGCUGCAGACCCAAUGCGGCAAGCGUAUCUUGGCUGCCCAGCUCAAGCAUUAUCCAGAGGGAUUCCAGUUCGCAGCAUCCCAUCCCGGCAGUACCGCGUGGAAUGUGGUCUUGCUAUCUCCACCGCGUCUUGUUGCCGUUCGGGGUCAUGAUGGUGUUUGGUAUCGUCGCGAGCGCAGCGAAGCCGUUGACGGGCCAGCUCCGUAUGGAGUCGAGUGGUAUCGGAGAUACCAGCAGAAAUCCAGACUCCCGGCAUGGCUCUUCAGCCAGGCAUUCUUCUGCAAGGAAGUCGGUAAAGGUGAUUCAUUGCCCGGAGGGAUCGACCCGUACUACCUGCAGACGAGUUAUCCGGAGCCGCCACAGUUCCCUAGACUCAAGAGAGGUACUACAGAGGGCUCCAUCUGCCUCGGUCCAACUGAGCAGCUUCGUUUGACGCGCCAUUUCCCAUCUACGGCCGCGCUUGAGCAUCCUCGCGAGGUCGUUGUUCGAUUCCAUGGAUACAUCACCAUACCAGAUGAGACAUUGCAUCCCUUGCCAGGCCUGGCGGACGAUGAAGUGGAAUGGGUGACGGUAGAAGAUGAUCCCGUAGCCAACAAUGCGUCAUACAUCAUCUUGUUGCCAGAGAGGGCUCCCGACGUCCUCCCGCCGCCCGCCGCCCGCCAAGACAUAUCAGGAAGCAAACAAACACACUCGGAUUCAAAAACUUCAUCUCAAGCGAGCAAGAAACGAAGUUCAUCGACCGUUCAUCAACAUACAGCUAAACGCAUAUUAUCCAACAGCAGAAGCAAAAUGUCUGCACCAACAUUCCCCCUCACUGCUCUUCCGCGCGCCGACAGCGUGGUCGGCGUCAAGAGACCUCGCUCAGAAUCCUCAGAGUCAGUCAAACAAGAGGAUUCCUCGGACGAUGGCCAAGCGCAGCAGGGCGUCCCGGAAGACGAGCACAUCUCCGUCGAAGAAGCGCACAACUUCCUCUCCCUCGAACCACUAGCAGACGCGCUGAAGCAGACGGUCGAGGCAGGUAUUCCGUCCGCUGGCGUCAAACGCGAGGAGAUUAAGCUCGAUCAAGAAGCAUUCAGAGAGAUGCCUCACCUCCACGCGCCCGCUACGAAGGGCACCUGGUAUUUCAGUAACCCUGACAUCGCCCAAGCAGCAGUCGACUGUUUCGCUGACCAGAUCGGCUUCGAUACGGAGGGCAUCGAACAUCCUACCGCCGCGCACAUCUUCCGCAUUCGCGAAUCAACACAGUACUACCUCAACAUAGGUUUGCUGCAGCAGCAUCUUCCCGGCAACUGGGACUAUCAUGAUCCAACACUCGACAUCGACCUUAGCUUUGUCGGUGACGAAGAAGAUGAUGGAGUUGAAGCAGCUGCAAGCUGGAUCAUAAACACCGACGAGCUCCCACCAAAGGCCUGUGACUUCGGCACUGAUCAGUAUUCGAACAUCAAGCACGCGCCUUGGAACAACGGCACUAACGACCAGCGCGGCCUUUUCGGCCAGACCAAUUACAGCACUCGGAAGAUUAACGGCGAAAUCAUCACCCUCGACCGCGCCGUCGCUAUUCCCAACAAGGAGUUCCAGUGUCACAAGUCGUGGAUCCACAGGGGUCGCUGGCAAAUGUACGCUCCCGAUAUCGACUGGAAUGACAAGAAGUCCCUCGAUAGCCUAAACAAGUGGCGGAAUCAGACGCUCGAGCGUGACGGCUGGCCACUUCUCCGCCAGAAGGUGCGGAAGAUAUAUGACGCUGAGCAGCGUACUUGGCUGUUCAAGCACAUUGCCUUGUCGGAUGGAAACACCCCACGAGAGGGUUACACGGAGUUGGCGAGGAAAUUCAAUGAGCAUUUCGAGUUGACUGGGGAGGAUGUGAGAGGUCGUGCGGGAAUAGCAACGCUUUGUAAGAGAUUGUGUCAGGAGUUCAAGGAGAAUGAUGGGAAGGAGAAGCCAGUUGCGCUGCAGAGGGGGAAUAAAAAGAGGGCUAGGGUUACGGCUGGGGAGGGUGAGGAAUCGGAGAGUGAGAGCGUGGAGGCGAGUGAGAGCGAGGAGGAGAGCGAGGUGGAGAGCGAGGACGAUCCGUUGAUGGAGCAGUUGGUGGAGGAGUUGUUGGGUAAGGAGGAUUCUGGGGAAGAAUUGGAUGAAGCUGCGUUGGAUCAAAUUCUGGAGAUGUUUGGUUGA